AUGGCCUCGGGCAAGCAGUCCAGAUUCAGGUUCUACCUGGCAAAUGCUGGGCUGGGCGGAGGGUCUGCUGCAGAGAGCUCUGGGGGCCACCCUGCCUGCCUGCCUGCCUCCUUCCUUGCUUGGGGCCUCCCUGCCAGCCUACUCCAGUUCAGGCUUCACUGGGGCCUACACGGAGGCCUCCCUGCAAGCCCCGCCACCCGCCGCUCAGCUGAGAGGCGCCCGGGAGGAAAGCAGCUCUUCCUUGGCAGCUGGUCUGGUGCCUCGAUUGCCGGCCGGGAGGACAAGCAGGAGAGAGGCGGGCAAGCAGGUGACUUCCAGCCACAGGAGAUUAACGAAAAGCGCUCCGUGACCGAAACCAGCAAAUGGUCACUGAAGUCAUUCUCGGACGGCUCCAGGAUCCAGCAUGUCAACAGUGGGAACGGGAUCCUGGAUGAAGCGGUUGCCAGCAGUUCCCAGAGGAGUGUCUUCACGGUUGAGGACGAUGGGUGGUUCCUGCAGACCAUUGCCACCGCAUGGUCUUGUGAGGGUGCCGACAUCGAAGAGGCCGAGAUCCCAGAGGUCAACACAAGGGAUCAGGAGCUGGACGUGGAGAGUUUCAUCAGUUCCCAGAGCGUCCAGAGGCCAAGCACCGUGCAGAGGAGGCUGCACAACACUGCUGCUGACGAAGAACCAUCCCUUGGAGAGAGUUCUUCCUUCCCGGGGGCCGAGACUCCGCAAGCCAGCGUGGAGGACGAGGGGUCGGAAGGGGACGGUGACACCAGUUCCCCCAGAGUCCCGAAGCCAAAGAAGUGGCUAAUCAAGAGGCUGCUGAACACUGAAGUGGUGGAAGACUCGUCCUCGGCAGAGUGCUCCUCUACGGACGAGGAUGACACCAUGUAUGAGGUGAGCAGCAUUGAGGACGAGGUGUGGGACUCUCCACCGGCCCCCGGUUCGGCCAGGAACAUCGGCGGUGGCGAAGAAGGAAGAGGACAGCUGGCCCCAGACUGGUUCUCCUCGGUCCAUCUGGGAGAGGGGAGAGCAACAAAGAAGAUCGGGGACGUCAUCCGGUGCGUGGAGUAUGCCAGUGAGGUGGAGGAGAGGUUCCCCGAACUCCUGGUGGGCCUGGUGAACAAGAUCCUCACCGGCCUGCAGAACACCACCGAGGGAGUGGGGAACCGGGAGAGCCAAGACCUGCCUCCUGCGUAA